CUCCUCGCUCCUCCUACUAAAACCUUGCUCCUCCUUCCCGCCGCUCCUUCGUUAUAGGCUGCUGCAACUUACUCUUGCCCAUCGUUUCCGAACAGAAAACUCCGAAGUUUUUCCCAUCGCUACCAAACAGGCACUAUGCAGGUGAAGGGGCUGAGAGCUCUCUGGUUGCUGUCCUUGUGCUCCGCUGCCGUCCUUGCAGAGGAGGCCUCCACGAGCAAGGACGAGUCGGGGGAAAACAAGAUGUUCAGUGUUACAGCCUUGUUCAUUUGCUUCCGAGAGGCGCUGGAAGGGUGCGUCAUUAUGUCCCUACUCCUCAACAUGCUGCACAAGACAGGGUUCGAGAUGUACAAGAAGUGGGUUUGGAUCGGAGCGAUAGCGGGUAUAGUCGCCUUCGUGCUCGUGGGAGCCAUCUUCAUCAGCGUCUUCUAUGCAAUCAAGUCAGCCGUCCCCGACGCCUUCAUGUACGUGUUCGAGGGCCUGUUGGCUCUGUUUGCCAGCUGCAUCCUGACGGCGCUCGGCCUCAACUUCCUGAGGAUGAAGGAUCUAGAGCGCAAGUGGACGGAGAACCUCUUCCAAGGCAGAGAGAGCCUGCCGGAAAUACCGCAGGACGUGGGGUACCUGAAGAGGAAGUACCUGGAGCUGAAGGCGAAGCUUUCGAUCAAAAACCAGGCGAUCGAUGACGAGGCAAAGAAGCAAGGGCUGACAUGGUCGAUGGUCUUCUUUAUUACCUUCUCCUCUAUCUUCCGUGAGGGGGUAGAGACCGUUUUCAUGCUGCUCUUCGUCAACUCAGACCCUGCCGGGCUGGCCAUCGGAGGGAUCGUUGGGAUCGUUUGCGGGAUCGUGUUCGGGAUCAUGGUGCUGCUGGUGGGGAGAUACUUCCUGGUUGACAUCUCCACCUUCUUCCAUCUGACCACCAUCUUCAUCCUCUUCAUCGCCGCUGGACUGGCACGCUACUUCAUCCAUGAGUUCGAGGAGCUGGGGGAGGUACGGGCUAAGACUACCAACGACCCUAUCAUCCUACGCCCUCUCUACGACCUGACGGCCUCUUGGGGACCCGGGUGGUCUCAGAACUCCGGGUGGGGUGCGAUAGCGAAAGCCCUGGUGGGGUAUACCCACAAACCGACCAUGCUGGAGGGGCUGUGCUGGCUGGGGUACUGGGAACUGAUCAUCAUGGUUAUGCUGCUGAGGUACAAGAGGGGAACCCUGUUCAGCAAGUACGUGGCAGGAAGGGAGGAGAGCUCGAGCUCUGUGGGCUCAGGAGAUGCGAAGGUGAGGAGGGAUCAGCUGGCAGUGUAAGGAAGAGAGAGGAAGAGCAAUGGUGGUCCAGUGUAUUUGUUGUUCACUUCAAAACUAAAUCUCCUCCAAAAUGC